ACUGUAAGCGGCGGCGGCCGGGCGCGAUAAGGGAGUCGCGGUAGGUCUCUUAAUGUGGGCAGAAGCGAGGGGCUGCCAGUGUGAACCACUCGGCUGGUCCGGCCAGCCCCAUAGAGACGCCCUCAGCUGGGGGUGUUACACUGCGGUGGUUCCCCGAGUGCCAAACCCGAACCCAAACACCACUGGUCCUGGCACCGCUUGUCAGUCAGUCUCAACAACACGGCAGUUCCCUGAGUACCGGCACCAACACCAACACCAGGUCGGGUGCCGGGGAAACGAAGCCCUAUGAUGUUCAGACGAUGCAAGGAUUGUAAGGGUAUCUUUCUGGUUCCUAUUUACCCAGAAGAUAGCAGAUAUGCUGAGAGCCCCAGCGCACUUGGUCAUCAGAAAUAACACUUUGAUCAACAACAUUUUAAAUAGUCAAAAGGUAAAGAUGUCCCACCACAAAUCUUCUCGCAGAAUUGAAGGAUUGGACAAGAAUGUUUGGGUGGAAUUUACUCAGCUUGCUGCUGACUAUUCUGCUGUCAACCUGGGACAGGGAUUUCCUGACUUCUCGCCUCCAAAUUUUGUAAAAGAAGCUUACAUAAAGGCCAUCAAUGGUGGUCUGAACCAGUAUACCAGGGCUUUUGGUCACCCACCGCUGGUGAAAAUUCUGGCAAAGUUUUUUGGGAAAUUAAUGAGCCAAGACAUUGAUCCAUUCAAUGAGGUGCUUGUGACAAUUGGGGCAUACGAGGCCCUAUUCUGUUUCUUUCAGGCCAUGGUUGAUGAUGGGGAUGAAGUGAUUAUCAUUGAGCCUUAUUUUGAUUGUUACGAGCCCAUGGUUCGAAUGGCAGGUGGGCAGCCAGUGUUUAUUUCACUGCGUCCGAAACCAGUAUUUGGAAGGUUAAUGACUAGUGCCGACUGGGUAUUGGAUCCUGUUGAAUUAGCAAAUAAAUUCAACAAACGUACUAAAGCGAUUGUCAUCAACACUCCAAACAACCCUCUUGGCAAGGUCUUGAAAUGUGAAGAAUUGCAGGUGAUCGCAGAGCUCUGUGUAAAACACAAUGCCUUGUGUAUUAGUGAUGAGGUGUAUGAAUGGCUCGUGUAUGAUGCAAAUGAACACAAGCGAAUUGCCAGCAUGCCAGGGAUGUGGGAGCGAACAGUCACUGUUGGAAGUGGAGGAAAAACAUUCAGUGCUACAGGAUGGAAGAUUGGAUGGGCUAUUGGACAUAAAGACAUUAUCAAACACUUACAGACAGUCCAUCAGAACUCGAUAUACCAUUGUACUACUGGACCACAGCAAGCAGUGGCGGAGGGAUUUGAGAAAGAAUUUGAACUUCUGGGAGCACCAGAAAGUUAUUUCAUCAGUUUGCGUAAGGAGUUGCAAUUGAAGCGUGAUCGCCUUGCUGCCUGUCUUGCCUCAGUGGGGUUGAAGCCAAUUAUCCCUGAGGGUGGCUACUUCUUGAUGGCCGACAUCUCAGAAGUCAAUGUUGACCUGCCAGAAUGCACCAAGACCGAGCAGCCAUAUGAUCAUAGGUUUGUGAAGUGGCUCACAAUCAAUAAGGGUUUGGCCACGAUUCCAGUGUCUGCUUUCUACUCAACUGAUAGCAAAAAAGGCUUUCAAAAUUUCAUACGAUUUUGUUUUGUUAAGGAGGAUGCAACGCUAAGCAAGGCUGAAGAUAUCCUACAAGAGUGGAGCAGGACCAGGAAGAUUCAGUGAUUAUCCAAUAAAGUAGAUUAUUAGGAACAAGGAACUACGGAUGCAGGUUUAACUCAGCUGGUCAGGCAACACCUCUGGAGAACCUGGAUAGGUUAUGUUUGGGAUCUGGACCCUUCUUCAGAUAAUACAUUUCUGUAAAUGUAUUACUUACUCUUUCACUUACUGUGAUACUUGUGUUUGUAAUGAAAAGGCCUCUGGUCCACAGUGAUAUUAUCAUUAGAUUAAAAUGUGACCCUAAAUGCUACUUAAAAUUUCUCUUUCUAGCUUUAUUAUCAAAUACUGAUGUCAUGAACAAAAAAAACAGAUGGCCAAAUGGCCCGUAGACUCUGUUCCUCCAUGACUUGGACGUAAAUGUAGACAGGCUGGCUAGUAAGUUUGCAGAUUGUGGUCAUGGAUUGUGAGGAAGCCUGUCAAAGCAUACAACGGGAUAUAGAUCAGCUACAGAAGUGGGCAGAGAAAUGGCAGAUUGAGUUUAAUCCGAGCAAGUGUGAGGUGUUGUCUUUGUCAGGACAAAUGUAAGGGGGAAAUGGCUUGAUCCUUAACAGCAUUGAUAUACAGAGAUAUCUUGGGGUCCAAGUCUGUAACUCCCUGAAAGUAGAAACACAAGUAGAUAGAGUGGUUAAAACAAAAUCACAUGAUAGUUUCAGGUGAGAACAAAGUUUAAAGGAGAUGAGUGGGGCAAGUUUAAAAAUAGCUUUUUUUAACACAGUGGGUGGUGAGUGUGUAGAACGCAUUGUCAGGGGUUGUGGGGCAGACAGAUACUACAGUAGCAUUUAAGAGGCUUCUGGAUAGGCACAUGGAUAUGCAGGGAAUGGGGGGGAUAUUGAUUAAGUGCAGGAUGAUAAGGUUGGUGUUGGCACCAUGUUCAGCACAGGCAUUGUGGGUCGAAAGGACUGUCCUAUGUUCUAAUAGAUUUUUUUAAAUUGCCAUACUUGCAGGAAAAAGACUCUGGAAGUGUAAUUAAUAUUAUUAACAAUUUAAAAAGUAACCACGACAAGCAGGUUACGUCAUGUAGCUUAAAAAAAAAAAAGUCCUUGGAAAAUGAAAUAUAAUAACAAUAUCCUUCUGCAACAUACUCAGAAAAUAUAAAAAGCCAGGAAAGUAAUCAUAAAGUUACAUCCUCUGCUUGAUGAAAGCAAAGCUGUUAAACUUCAAAACUGACAGAUAACUUGACAUUCAUAACAAGUCCAAGCAGUUAUGUCGCUCAUCAGAUAUGAAAUAAAAUUCUAUAAAAUCAGGACAAUGGAAUGACCUGCAAUGUUUAAAAGGCAGGAAAAGAGAACACAUCUUCCUAGUCAUCUGUUUCCCAUUUUCCCUUUUCUCUCAUCAAUCUGCUUUUGAGACCAGCAUCCUGUGCCUUUCUGAAACACAAUGAUCUGAAAUGCACCUUCAUGUUGCUGCAGUUUACAUCUUGGAAAGGAUAUAUCUAUAUGGUCAACUUCAUAUUCAAACAAAGUUCUGGACUUCUUAGGUACAAUCAUACUCAGGAAUUCAUUAGAUGUGAGAUUUUCAUAAUAUAGUAUUUCAGUAAUUAGACUGGAAUCUUGCUUCUGUGAUGUAUCUCAUAAGAAAGCAAAGAUGCGUUUUUUUAAAUUCUGGCUGAACAUGGUUGCAAAUGUUUCACCUUUGUUUAAGCACUCAUGCUACUCGCAGUUCAUAACUAGAUAUGAUAGGACUGCAAAUAUUUGAUCUGAUCAAUUGUUGUGACAUCCCUUAGCUCUGCCUAUUGUAUGGCGCUUUUGUCGUUUAGCAGGCAAAUAGUCCAGUAUUGCAGUUUCAUUAGGCAAGUGCCUCAUCAUGUUUAGUGUGCCUGGUGCUGCUCUUUUGAACCAUCAAUGAUCUAGGCUUAUUUUUAAUAAUAGACUGAGGAAUAUGCCAAACUUUUUGUUAAUCUGUAUGCAGUCAAUUCAUACAACAAAUAUUUAAAAAAAAACAAAUAUAUAAAUAAGUGGUAUCAGGACCUGGUAACGGGAGGUAAAACAACAAAAACAGACUUGGUUGUUAGUCCCCUUUCUGCGGAGUUUAAUGUUAUAAUACAGCGAUUGUUUCUAUUCUCUCUUUCUUUCUUUUCUAGGGUCUAUUUUCUCACUUUACUUCAUUCUCUAACUUCUUUCCUAAGGGGCUUUCUUUUCCCAACACUCUUGCACUUCACGACUCUCUUGCACUUUCUUUACUUUCCUUACUUCUACCUUUUUCUUAAAGCUCAAAAAAAAUGAAGCGGUACAAAAAAUGUAUUAAGAUAUAUGUGUUGUGUAGGAUUGUAAUUUACCGUACUUCUAAUAAAAAUAAAAUUAAAAUAAAUAAAUAAAUAAAUAAAUAAAAAAAUCAUACAACUGCUUUGGAAGAGUCCUUGCCUGAAGCGUCGCCUAUCCAUUCCCUCCACAGAUGCUAACUGACCCGCUAAGUUACUCCAGAACUUUGCAUUUUGCUCAAAAUUCUAGCAUCUGCGGUUCCUUGUAUCACUGUUUAAUUGCUUGCCCAACCUAAGGAAAUCCUAAAAUGCUUUUGUACGAUUGUCAGUACUUUUUUUAAUUAACUCAUACAAAUGUUCUUCAGUUUCUUGUUAGCUUUAAAUGGUAAUGUAAUACUGUAUCAAUUGUAUUUCAAGGCUAUUAUUUGUAAAUCUUUGUAAAUUGGUAAAUAACUAAAAUAACAGAUUUUAAGAUUUCUAUGGUAAUUUGAAGCAUUAAGAUGCCUGUAGAUACUUACCAGAUGCAAGGUCUAAUUUUAACAUCCCCAGAUCUUUUGAUGUAUUUUUAAUUCAAUAAAAAGCGAAGCUCCAUGUAUUGCUGCUGAUUCUACACAGAGGCAGAGAGUCAUGGAAGGGUUGACAUGAAUUUGCUUUGAUUUUUAUUAACACAUGAAUUAAUGGCAACAUGCUGAGAACUUCUGUUUCAAAAAAUUGCAAAAGGUAAAACUAUUAAUGAAGCAGAAUUAGGCCAUUUGGCCCAUCGGACCUUGUCUGCCAUUUGUUAAUGGCUGAUGUGAGGAGGUGUUGGAGAUUCACUGUGAUGGAUGUUUGUGUAAAUUGUGUUAAGUGUGUGUCUUGGGUUUUAUUUGUAAUGUCAUGACUGCAGGAAUGAAAUUUGUCUGUUUGAUUGACAAUAAAAGGCAUUCUAUUCUAUUC